ACACGUCAGUUCAGAGGAACCCGAGAGUGAAAUAGGCCGAGAAGUUUCACCUCAGAAACACACUUGAUUUUUCCGGACUCUGGAUAUUGAUCAUAUUCUGACUGUCCGAAGGGUUUAUCGAUACAUGUUCGGAGUCGGCGCUGGAGGGCGUUUGGAGAAGUCUCCGCGGGUGUUUUAGGGAGUUUUGAACAGGCGGCAGCUGCUGCUGGUGGAAAAUGCCUCUGUUUCCAUGGAGGAGUGCACUUGCCAAUAGAUGGUCUCAAAGCUAACAGACAAGAACUAAAAACCACAAAACUUCAAAUUUGAUUUCAUGGGGUAAUUAAGCAAUUAAGACUUCUCUGCCUGGCAUCAUACUUCAUGGAAUGUCUUUUCAAUGUAUGGUUUGGUGUGGUGGUAAGUUUUUUGCCUGCUGUGCUUGCGGAAGCUGAGGAUGCUUCGCUGUUGGGCGGCUGGCAGGACGUUUGGCUCUUCCGUUUGUUUCUCAAUGUUUUGGGCUACGCCACCAUCAUCAUCCCUGGAUAUUUCCUCAUCAGCUACUUCAAACGGAUCAACUAUCUAGAAACAGGUCGUGGUCUAUGUUUUCCUUUCAUAAAGACCUGUGUGUUUGGAAACGAGUCUAAGACAGGACUGUUGGAUGACGUGUCAUCGUCACCCAGAAAUGAAGCUGAAUCCAGUUCAUCAGCUCGACAGGCCAUCAAGUUGAUUUUCUGUGCAGCUGGACUCCAGGUGUCGUACCUGACAUGGGGCGUUCUUCAAGAACGAGUGAUGACACGCUCUUAUGGCGCCACAGAGGUUGAAGGUAGCGGUGAGCGCUUCAAAGACUCACAGUUUCUGGUCUUCAUGAACCGUAUUCUGGCGUUGACAGUGUCUGGACUGUGCUGCAUUGUAUUUAAACAGCCUCGCCAUGGUGCGCCGAUGUACAAAUACUCCUUUGCUUCGCUCUCGAACAUUCUCAGCAGCUGGUGCCAAUAUGAAGCACUCAAAUACAUCAGUUUUCCGACACAGGUGUUGGCCAAAGCUUCUAAGGUGAUACCCGUGAUGCUGAUGGGCAAGAUUGUCUCACACAAAAGCUAUGAAUACUGGGAGUAUUUCACUGCUGUCCUGAUCUCAGUGGGCGUCAGCAUGUUCCUGCUGUCCAGCUCCACCAACAAACAUCCGUCCACCGUUACCACCUUCUCGGGCGUCAUCAUCCUGGGCGGAUACAUCGUUUUCGACAGCUUUACCUCCAACUGGCAGGACAACCUCUUCAAAUACAAGAUGUCGUCUGUCCAGAUGAUGUUUGGCGUUAACCUCUUCUCUUGUCUCUUCACUGUCGGCUCUCUCCUGGAGCAAGGCGCCUUCUUCGAUUCCCUAGCGUUCAUGGCACGUCACUCAGAGUUCGCUUUCCAUGCCGUUUUGCUGUCCGCUUGCUCGGCGUGUGGUCAACUGUUCAUCUACUAUACCAUCGCGCAAUUCGGAGCGGCUAUCUUCACGAUAAUCAUGACUCUACGCCAGGCCUUCGCUAUCCUUUUGUCCUGCUUCAUCUACGGUCAUGCCGUCACCAUGGUGGGCGGCUUCGGCGUGGCCGUGGUCUUCCUCGCCCUUUUCCUCCGCGUCUACGCCCGUAGUCGCAUGAAGAAGGCUAGCAAGCGAGCGACGCAUACGCCAGUUCUUAAAGUUUAGUGGAACAAAUGCCGAAAAAUUGAACGUGUACAGAGACCACAUUUUCGUGGUUUGCUUUUCUUUUGUGUACUCCCAAACUUUGUGGGUUUGUAUUAUGUAAGGUCAAACGGUACAGAAAGUGAUUCUUUAUUUUAAAGGGAUUUUGGAUUUUUUGUAUGUGCGUGUUACUGAACGUUUAAUGACUUGAUGAGCCGUUGAGUGUAAACGGACUUCAGCGAAAGAGUGCUGAGCCUUUGAUAUCUUUGUAAUUUGGUACUGAAAUACGUCACGCUUUUAGUUUUUCUAUUUCAAUUUUGCUUUAUGAAAUUAUUCGAAGAAAUUUCUAUUUUCAAGAAGAGUACAAAGUGUUGUGGUGGAGAUGCCUUACGAGUGUCAGUGCCAUUUGUCAAGUUAUUCCCCUUGUUAUAUUAUAUUCCCAAUAUGAGUGAAUCUUUUGAAAACAUGACCGGGUGAUAUUUCACCCUAAAAUCAAAAGAAAAACAAACUUAUAUUUUGCUUUAAGAAAAUUAAUCCUAUUUUUAGGUCCAUUAAGAUUUUUUUGCAUUGUGACUGUGCAUGUUUUUUACAUCGCGUUAUGGUAAUGAGAAUUUUGAGGGGAAAAUGUUGCUUAAUUGUCAAGAAAAUUUGGAAAAAAAUAUAAUUUCAAAUUUUUUUCCUUUUGAUUUGUGGGGUGAAAUAUGAAGUGGACAUGUUCUUGAUGGUUUUAUAAAUGAAUUUAUGAACGAGUGAAUUGUCCGGGUCAUAUUUCACCCCAAAAUCAAAAAGGGAAUUGUAUUUUGCAGAAAUAAAAAAACUUCAAAAUGGUCAUAAAAAAUUGGCUUUAUUUUCUUUAUGUAAAAUAUAUAUUUUUCUGAGAUAUGACCUGGAUUUGUUCUUAACAGUUUUUGUGAGAUUCACUGGUAAUCAAACUUAAUUUGGCAGCUGGUAAAUGAAAAUGGAGCUGCUCCUAAUGAAAAUGUUGAAAGAUUUAUUAUCUAAUUUUUGACCCUCAUAUUUCUGCUGUCAAACGAGAGGUUAUGUUGGCCACACAGUGUAUCCUGAAUAUCACUGGUCAGAGUAAAACACGUGCUUAAGAGACGAUGAUUGGACAUGUGAAGAGUUUGUAUUGGCAGAUCCACUGGGGUUUGUGUCUCAUAAAAUUAUUGUACAGUGUUUUUUCUCUGUCAGAUCUGCAUCAAAAAUGUCAUUAUAAAUGUAUUAUAAGAGCCUGAAAGGGAAGCUCCAUAUUUAUUUUUAUCAAUUAUCUACCAUUAAAAUAUGUUCAGAAAGGAGUAGACAGCCACAUGGUUAAUACCAAGUCAGCAAGCCAGUUUUACUAUGUGUUUGACACGUCUGUUUAUUUUUAGGGUUCGGUAGUAAGUGAUUUGAGCAAAUUUGCUUUCAAGCCUCUUUUUACUGGCGUAAUACUAAUUGCAUCCGCCGGUUUAAUUAUAUUGUGAGAACAUCGACGGAUGUAUUGCAGUCUCACUCAAUUUCAUGAAUUCAUCUGUACUUAUCCCCCGUACCUAAAACAAAAAGUAUGUUUUGCUUUUUCACGUUUUAAUUGAACUUUUUGUUAAUUUGUUUUUUUGUUUUUGUUUUUUGUAUUUCUCCUUAAGAAAAUUUAAAAGGACUCUAACCUUUAAUCCUUACUGAUAAUCAUUAGAUAUUUUUGUGGGUCAAGCUGAUUUGUUUUUUUUUUUUUUUUUUUCUGUUUUUAAUUAUUUUGUUUUACUAUUUUUGUUUUAUUUUCUUUCUUUUUUUAUUAUUAUUAUUGUUAUGAUUUGAUUUGCAUGUGCAAUAAUAAUAAUCAGACUUUAUUAUUUUUUGAACAUGUUUUAUUUAUAUAUAUAUUAUAUGUUAAAAGCAGCAACACAUUUUGUCUGGAUGCUGGUACUGAAAACUGUGUGUUCAUUGUGAUCACGACUCAUUGAUGAAACACUCAGUAGAGGUCGUCCGACAGUGGAUUUUGCCAAUACGAUAACUAAACUGGUGAGAAAGGGCAAUAACCGAUUAAUCGGCCAAUUGUUUUAAAAAUCCAUUUAUAGAAUAUAGUAAAAAAUAUAUAUAAUUCUUUCCUUACUGUGACGGGCACAGACAAAGAGCCCUAAAUGAAUAAAAUCCCAGAUGCAGUUUAUUGUUCAACCAAAAUAAAAAAUAAUAAUAAUAAAGAUUUCAUGCAUAACGCGGGACUUUUAAGUAUAAGCAAGCCCGAAAUACAGCGGGGACUCUUAUUUUGUAAUGGUGAAAAAACUAUCGGCAACUAUCACCAUAGAUUUUGCAGAUAAUGAUAGUUACAGAAAGCAACUAUCGGCACCGAUUAAUCGGUAAAACCGAUAUAUCGGUCUUCCUGUACACUGUUUUUGAACACAGCUGAGCAUGAGACAAAAUUCAAUAUUUGAACAUUUAGUGCAAAGCCUGGUCGACCCAUUUGAGGAAGAGGUGUUUGUUUAGUGUAUAUAUAUAUAUAUAUAUAUAUAUAUAUAUAUAUAUACAGUAUAUGUGUGUUUAUAUGUAGGUGAAAUCUCUUUGCAAACUCUUUUGUCCUGAAAUAACAUCCAUUGAUAUGUUAGAGAAUUAUUUUUUAACACUGAUCUGGACUAAUAUAAACCAACACUAUGGCAAAAGACAGUUUGCAACUAGACGUUUUAGUCAAAAUUUGCAAUACAAUCCUCCCCUCUGUUGGUAAAUGAUUGGAAGAGCAUUACUAGGUGAAUUUAGCAAAAACAGGGCCAUUGAGGGGGACGUGUUCUUGACAGGUUUUGAUUCAAGCUAUAUUCUGAAAUGUUCAUUUUUCGUAACACCCUCUGAAUAUUAUGGAGGUCUUCAUAAAUCAUUUGUUUGUCUGAUCACUCAUCAGAUAUUAGUGUUAUUCAUUGUCAUUUAAAUGUUGACAUUCGUUUGGAAAGGCAGAUGUGAAUGACUUGUGGUGAGCAUCAGGAUAUGCUACCUAACUAAUGUAGUCUUAUUAACGUUUUGUAGGGUUUAUUGUUUAUACAUUAGAUUAAAUUAAUUUGAUCACAUGACUAAACUGUCUGAUUUGUGUUUUAUCCUCAUUUGUUUUCAUAUAUGGGUAAAGUGCAUCAUUAGACAAUUGUUUCCAUUUACUGCUGUUUGUUGUUUUGUUUCUUUGUACUGAGUUCAUGUUCUGUCUGUAUGGUACCAGCACUGUUAUACAGUUAGAUGUUAUGUUUCAUGUAAUGAAUGAAGAAUCUCUUGAGCUUGUCUGCUGUUUGGUGUAUUUAUAAUAAAGGAUUAGUUCAGGCCA